AUGAACAUCUUGAACCAGCCCAUCGGCCCCGGCGGCGCCCACGCGGCCUUCCCGGCCGGCGCUGCCGCCAAGGACGGCGGCAUGCCGGCGUCGCUCCGCUUCGACGUCGGCCCCAGCACCGCCCACCGCGCCCCAAGGCGGCAGACGCAGACGCUGCUUCGGGCCAGCAGCAGCAGCUACGUCGGCGCCGGGCACGCGGACGAGGCCGCGGUCCAGAGCGCGGCGGAGCAGCAGAAGGCCGUCGUGCCGCCGUUCCAGCCGGUCACGCUCAACUUCCUGCGCUCGCUGCUGGACAGGGACAGCAUGACGUCCAUCGCGGAGGAAGGCGGCGAGGGCGCCGGCGUGGCCGCGGCCGCGCCCCCGCUGCACGCGCUGCGCGUGGUCGUGUCGUCCGCCGUGGCGCUCGACGCGCGCCAGACCGAGCUCAUCGCGCGCAAGAUGCGCCGGAUCACCGGCUUCGUCAACCUCGCCAUCGAGAACGUGGUGGAGCCGUCGCUCAUCGCCGGCUUCGUCGUCUGCUACGGCCUCGACGACUCGCACACCAUCGACCUCAGCGUCCGGGGCCGCCUCGCCGCGCUCAAGAACCGCGUCGACAGCUCCGACCACGACGACCGCCUGCACCCGCGGACGCCCGCGCCGCUCCAUUGA